UCACACCCCCUCCUGUCACUGAACGGGGUUGCGCUGUCAGCUGCCGGGCACAUUCACUGCACUGAAGACUCAUUAACUGAAUGAAAUGCGUGCGCAUUUUUAGGGUCCACAUUGGGCAGCGUAUCUAGUGACAGUGACGGCGAUGAGACACAAUCUCUUUAGCCACGACAAAAAUCACUCACGAGGAGGUAUUAUCGCAAGACAUAUCGACUCCCUGCUUGGUCUGGUUGGUCCGGAAUAAUAUACAGAGUGCUUCCGCGGAACACUGAACAUGUCUGUCGUCGUUUUCUUUCGCUUUUUCUUUCGCUUUGAACAAGUAUUGCAAUCGGCAGCAAGCUAAGAGACGUCGUUGGCAUCAGUGGGAAGACCGGUUACCGUCACGUCUGCGGUACAAGAAAGGCAGUCACAUUGCUUACCCAGCGGAGGCUAAUCUGAGGGAGGCCUCCUGCCGAGAUGUCAAAGACGCCCAAGUCGGCCUCCAGGUCCCGAUCCCGCUCCGCCUCCCGCUCACCCUCCUACUCCAGAUCCAGGAGCCGCUCGCAGUCACGACACCGCAAGCGACGCUACAGCUCUAGGUCUCACUCGCGCUCCAGAUCCCACUCUCCGACGCACAGCCGGGAGCGGAACUACACGCGGGAGUACCAGAACAACCGGGAGUUCCGCGGCUUCCGAGGCUCUCGUCGGCCCUUCUUCCGCGGUCGCGGCCGGGGCUACUUUCCCCGCGGCCGCUUCCAGAGGGGCCGAGGGGGCAACUUCAACAACUACCGCAACAACUGGCACAACAACAACAACAAUCACUACCGGCAACAGCAGCAGCAGCAACAACAACAGCAGCAGCAGCAGCACAACAAUUACAACAACCACAACAGUCACAACAACAGCUGCCACCGCAGUCCCAAGAGAGGGCGCUGUCGCUCGCCCAAGAAGCGCUCGGGCAGCCCGCGCUCCCGCAGCUACUCCGACGACUCCUCGCGCCGCUCCCGCUCCCACCACUCCUACUCCUCCUCCUCCUCCUCCUCCCGGGACUCCUCCAGGAACUCCUCCAAGAGGAGGAGGUCCGGCUCCCGCACUGGCAAGCGGAAGAGCAAGCAUGUGAAGGAGGCGGAGCACGUCUCCAGGGAGGUGCCCAAAGGAGCGGAGGGAGGAGAUGGGGUCCAGGGAGAGCAUGGUGGUGAUGGAGGAGGAGGAGGCGAGGUUGCCCCUGAAAUUGAGGUGGAGGUUGGGCAAGGUGCGGAGGUUGGGGCAGGAGCAGGGGCAGGGGCAGAGGCAGAGAGAGAAGAGGAGUUGAUGUCUGGAGGUUGGCGGGAGGUGACAUUAGAUUGCACGUCCCCCAGUCCAUUGCAGGCCAGCCCUCUGCUGUGUGUGUCAGUUGCAGGUGGCCAGGGCACGUUGCUGCCUCCCAGCCAGAAAAGCCCCUCUCCUAAGUGCACUAUUGCCCUCAGCAAUGGCGCCUCUGUGUGGCAGGGGGCAGGUGGUGCAGCCUCUGUGGCUAAGACUCCCCCUAAGAAAAGUCCCACGCCCACGUCUACUGGCUUUGGCUUCAUGCCCAAAGAGAGCAGAGGGGAUGAUCAAGCCAUCUCCAGCGCAUUUAAAAAGUUUCUGGAGGAACAGAAGAGUAAGCAAGCCAGUGUGUUUGAGAAUGGCGAAGAAGAUGGUGCAGAGGAGGAAGGCACUGGCAUGAGAGAGCGUGGUGGUUGCAAGACUACAAGUCAUGUGUCUGUCAAAGGACAGAUGAGCAGACAAGGGCAGGCAAGCGUCAGCUCCUCCAAGUUCUCCAAUCACAAUGGCCGAGCAGCCAGGGAGAAGUUCUCCUUUGAGGACUUUACCGUUAAUGCCUCACGCAGCAGCUUCUCCAACGCCAAUGGCCCUGCCUUCCGCAGAGAUAGAGAAAAUGGUGAGGAACGCAAUGAGGAGGAUGAGGCUGAGGACGAGGAGGAUGAGCACGAGGAGGAUGAUGAUCAGGAAAAUGUGGAGGAGGAAGAGGAGGAGGAAGAGGAAGAAGUGUUGACGAUAUCCCCUCGUAAAAAGGCGGGAAAAGAGGCCGAGACCAAGGUUAAGGUCAGAUCCGAUGCUCCCUCAGCGUCGAAGCAUAAAAAAGACCACGGCAAAAAGUCGCCAGCCUCCACCUCCUCUUCCUCUCUGCUGUCGGCGCGACAGCUCUUCGACCUGGCACUCUUCCGCGCCUCCCAGGACGACGGAGACCUGGAGCUGUUGGAGGAGCAGCUCUUCCCCAACCGUAAGCAGGAACGCGUGGCUGCAGUGGCCGCCGCACUGAUGCGACGGGAGAUGGCCGGAAUGCUGAAGGGGGCCAUUGCUUCGAAGAAGAAGGCCAAGGCAGGAGGGGUGGGAAGGAAGAAAGAGAAGAUGGCUGAUGCCUCUGUUUCGGCUGCAUCAUCCUCUUCCUCCACCAGUUUGGCCUCCACCCUCCGGGCCCAGGUGCAGCUGACCCAGGGGGUGCCAGGGGAGAGCUGGGAUGUGGGUGCAGUAGGGGCAGGCAAGAGGGAUAAAGCGCCCUUGUCCAGAGAGAUGGCUGGGAAAAAGGGAGUCAAUGUGAAUGUGCGACUGGACUCUCUCAACAACCAUAUGUCCAGCAUCUCCAGCGGUCUCUUGGAGAGUGAGAGGCAGCUGGAUCGGGACGUUCCUCACACUUCUAAGAAGGAGGAGGGGGUCCACACGGUCUUCAAGGGCCCUCAGGACACCCAUGUCUGCCGAUGUUCUUCUGACGGUUUCUCAAGACACAUCGUCACCAUCGUACACAACGUCAAAGCACAACACUUUCCCUCUUCUGGAAUGACUCUAACCGAACGCUUCGCCAUGUACCAGAGAAGAGCUGCAGAAAAGGAAAUUGUGAAGGCACGAAAAAGCCCAGAGAUACACAGGAGAAUUGAUGUUUCUCCCAGUGCUUUUAAGAAGCACGCACACCUGUUUGAGGAGAUGAAAGACCUUGGGGAAAGCAGCUACAAGGCCAAAGGCAAAAAGACCAAAAGCAGCAGCAGCAACUGCCCGGAUCUGCGGCAGGAUAUUGAGCGCCGCAAAAAGGGCCGCUCCAGUCGCGAGACUGAGGGCAAGCGAGGCCGAGGGAGAGGCUCAGGAGAGUCCUCCGACUCCAGCAGGGAGAGAUCCACUGAGAAGACCUCCAAGCGCCAUCACAAACACAAGAAAAGCAAGAAGAAGCGAGAGCGGUCUCGUUCUUCCUCCUCCUCCUCCUCUUCCUCCUCCUCUCAUUCCAACAGGGCGGAAGAGCACCCCAAGGACAGGCCCAGCCCCAAAGAGAAGGCUUUCGUCAGGGCCCGCCUCGGACCACGGGAGCAAGGAGGCCCUAUGGAGAGAGGGCAAGGAGGCCCUAUGGAGAGAGGGCAAGGGGGCGGUAUGGAGAGAGGGCAAGGGGGCGGUAUGGAGAGAGGCCAAGGAGGGCCAAUGGAGAGAGGGCAAGGAGGCCCUAUAGACAGAGGACGGGGACGAGGAGGCUUUCAACUGAGAAUCAGAGGAAGGGCCUGGAACAGGGGGAAUCUGCAGAACAAUAGCAAUGGGAAUGGCCCUGGCAUGGGCGGGCCAAUGCACAACAUGAAGGAGGACAGGGAUCCAGAAUACACCCCCAAGAGCAAAACAUAUUACCUGCAUGACGACAGAGAAGGUGAAAGGGAACGCCGAUGGGUGGAGAACCGCGGGCGCGGGCGUGGCAGCUUCGUCCGUAGCGGCGGACGGUUCCUGUUCCGCAAGGCAGUCCCCACCUCCACAGCCUCUGCUACUUCCUCCUCCUCAUCUUCCUCUACAGUCACAACGGUCACCUCCAGCAUCGCCUUCAACAACAACAACAGCAGCCACAUCAGCCCCAAAUGGACUCACGACAAGUUCCCGGGCAGUGCGGAGGAGGAAGGGGAGGUGAAGGACGAGGAAGGGGACCAGGGUGUCAAGGGAGAUGGGGAUGUUGUCGUGGUGUCGAUGAGCUCUGGACAGUAAGGAGAGUAAAGGAAAUUCCGAAAUCCACCAACACCAUUCGCGAACUUUGACCUGGAAACACAUCAUGGAUCACUUCAGUCAUGUUUUUUUUUGUCCCUUGCUGAAGAAGUGGCGGUGAAGGAAGUUCUCGUCAGGGUACUGAAUAUUUUUUGCUUUUUUUGCAACACCUACCUUCCUGUAGGUGAACUCUCAUCAGAACAAAAAUCUUCAAUGUCAACAAUCCUGUCCUAACAAAGUUGGAAUACUGUCCUUUUUACUUUUGGAGGCAGUGGACAGCGAAGUAGUUCUGAAUGUGAGGUGGUGCCCUAAUGGCAAGCCAUGUGACAUCCUCACUGUCAAGUGGACUUUGCUUCAAGUUGUACAAUCUCUCAUUGGUGACAAUGAAUGGCUGUAUUCCAUAAAAAGGAAUAUUUACUGAAGCAGCCUGUUUUGUGAAAUGUCUCUUCCUUCAAGGGGGGAUUUGUUGAACAAAAAAAACUGAUCAGGACAUUUACUGUCUAUGUUCUUGUCAUAUAGUUUUCUUCUCUUGUGCAAUAUUGCAAUAAGUGUCUGACAAGUAGACCAUUGGCUGUUAUAGCAAUCUUAUGCCUUAAAUACACACAUGCUAGACCAGGAACAAAUACAUAUUUAUUUCGAUUGUGAGAUCAUGACAUUUGUCUGAAAAUUACAUAAUUUUAAAAUAAACUACUUUGUUUUUUCCACUACAAGCUGAAACACCCUGGUAUGUACAGUAUGAAGGACGAUAGGCCUAUCUAAAGGCAUUAGAUAUGCUGAAUUGCAGUACCCAUGAGGCCAAGUUGAAGUUAACACUUCAACAAGAUCAACCCAAUCGGAAGGUCUGGUUGGAUAUAAACAAAAGUACGGAAAGACAGGAAAGCUGCUGUGAUGAGGUGAUGGGUAAUGAUGGGUACUUUGGUAAGUUUGUUAGAGUAAGACUAACUAGUUUAUUUUCUUUCAGCCACCACGUUUCCUUAAUCAUGUCAGUGGUUGAUCAACUUGUAACAGGGUGACAGGCACUUUUCAAUAAACUUUUCCAUUGGUUGUAACCAAGUACGUACGUUUGGAGGAGCAGGCCAUCUCUUGCUAGUUCGAGACAGUUCCGCUUCCAUCCAGUAGGGCAGUGGAUAUUAAAAAAAAUGUGUUGUUGCUCUAAUGAGGCCUUAGAUAAAAGUCACGCUUCAUGAUGUUGAGGCAGAUAGGUACUCUUGUUUAGAAUGGGACCAAAUGAGUAGAGGUCUAACUGGAGUGAACAAGUUAACGCAUACUAACCAUCUGUUUCAAGUGGCAAUUUCUGUCUUGUUUUUUUUUCUUUCUCUCUCUUUUUUUUAUUAGGGUCUGUUGAGUCAUUUUAUUGUGUAUAAAGUCAGUCUUGAGUGAAGCUGGUUGUGUACUUUCUUCCUCUUUUGGAACGUGUUGUAUGUGUGCCUACAAGCCCAUGGUGAACACUGCCUAGAAUAUGCAGUAAUGAAAGGAGUUCUAUGUGCCUCUGCUAUAUUUUUUGAAGAUUGUAUGUGUUCAUCUUCACUAUGACUAUUAAGUUGUAAACACACAAAUUGAGUUUCGUAGUUUUGGGGUUGAUGUUUUACUCUACUGUGUUUUGUAGAUGUAAGAAACCUGGAUAUGUAGUUUUGAAAUGAUGUAUGUACUUUUAGAGGCAUUUAAAAAAAACAUAUUUUGAAAGAUCAAGCUUUUUGUCUCUUUAUUUUUUAUAUCUUCACCAGCAGUGUACUUCUGUACAGCACAAGAUUGUCCUCUGGGACUCGUUAGUGAAUUUGGAAAUAAUACAAAAUAUAAGCAAUUAUUAUUAAAUAAGAUAAAACAAAAUUAAAGUCAAUACAAGUGCUGUUUUAAAGCAACUGUACCUAGAAAAUUAAAACUAAAUCUAUAAUGACUGUUGCACUAAAGUGUCCUCUAUGUCUAUUAGGUUCUGGGUUGCACUGUGGCUACAUGUAAGGGAUUGAUGUUGUGGUUUGGGGUAAACUGUUUUGAUGAUUCUGUAGUUCUUGUUUUCUGUCUAGAUUGUCAAUUAAAACAUAUGAUUUAUUUAAAGUUUGUCUCCUGUUUGUAUGUGCUGUAUGUGUCGUGGCAGAGCAAAAAUGUCCCUCGGUAACAUACGGUAUGUUUGUGCGCAUUUAGUUUUAAUUCUCCUUAGACCCGAAGUGCAUGUAUAGCAAUGCAAUUGAAAGGGCACAUCAUUUACCCCACUCCAUGUCAGGCAGGACAAAAUGCUAUCUUUUGACAAAGUGGUGUUUGCUGUAAGACACAUUCAGAACAACAUAC